CGUUCCAAACGUUCUAAACGUUUUCCGUACCUAUUCUAUAACCAUAAACUUAUUUCCCCGUCAAACGGCCUGUUAUCGUUUGUUUAACAAAAUAUUCACAACGGUACGUAACUACGAAAACGUUAAUGAUAAGCAAAGAACAAACAAUCACAUUUCAUAAAAGAUAAAAUACGUAUGCCACGUCGCGUAUGGCGUCUUAGCAACAAUCUCCGUGUAGCGUAAACAUUGAUCAUUACGUUAAUCGUCCGACGAGGAUUUCAGGUUUAUCUCAUUUCUGUGCACGGACGCGUCAUCAGACACAACACAACGUCAGUGGUUUUUGUGAUAAUAUUAACGACGCAAGUACAUUUAAAUAUUGAAUAAUCGAAAUAAUUGUACCGUUCUUACCGGUGAGAGUACCAUUCUCUUACCGGUAAGAGUCGAUCAUUAUGAAUUAAUAACUGUAAAAGUGCGUUUUCCCUGAAGCAUCAGGACACGGGGUGCAGCGUCCACUACCAGUCCGGACACAGGUCGGCGUCUGCUGCGUUAUAAAACAUUAUUUCGCUGUGAAUUUCUCAAAUCAAAUUUCUCGUUGUUUUCGGUUUAAUGCUUACGAUUGUCGGCUAUAGCCUCUACAUAAUUUAAUGUGUUAUCUGUUAUAGUUGCUAUUCAAGUAUCUAAAAGGAAUGUCAAAUAUCAAUGCAACACCCACAACAAUGUUAAGAGGUAACGAGACAUUGAAAAAUCGGUUCCAAAUUCUGCCAAAUUAUGAUUCUUGCUUACAGCCAUCUGGCCCUUCUCAAAAUGCACCGCAAAUAAUAUCUAAGCCAAAACGCCCAAAAUAUGGUGGUAGAGGAAUGGCCAUUCGAGAACUAGCCGAGUCUUUGUCUGCAGAUGCCAUGAACAAAACAAUUUUGAACUUUUCAAACGCUUGCAUAGAACGUCAUUUCAAAAGUCUUAGAGAAGAAAAUGAAAAAAAACUUAAGGAAACAAAUGAAAAGAUUUGGGGAAAAUGCAUACAUUCUGAUAGAAGUUCAUAAUAUUCUGAAGGUAUUUGUUUUGGAUUUGAAAACAAUAGUUAAACAUUUGCAGUGACUUACUACUGGACAAUAAAAACUUCAAUAUUCAUUUAUUUUUUUUUUUUGUAACAAUUGAAAUAUUAUGAUUGCUUUAUUACUAUUUACAAGCAUUA